AUGGCUCAGGGUGCCUUGACAGGUUAUGACAGAGGCUUGUUCGGAGGUAUUGAGACUAACACGGAUUUCCUCAAUACGAUCAACAAUCCCAACGAUGCUCUGCUCAGAUUCGUGCUGACAAUUUACAACUUGGACUAUCUUGCAGGGUGUCUGCUGAACUUUAUGACGGGCAAUGUGGAUUGCCAUGAACUUAAUUGUGUUACUGCAUUCCAACCAUUUCGGAAAACAACAUCGGACCAAGCCGCAACCUCAACCUCCUUCUCAGUGGAGCUUCACGUUAAUAUACGGCGCCUCCGCCUCCUCAACCCCAUGGUGCCACUUCCCGAAAUCCUACUCUUACACGCGCGCGCAAAGGGAACCGCCAUCGGCUUCUCAUCGAACUGGCUCUGGAGCUUCGUCAUUGUCAUGAUCACACCGACGAUAUUCCGGAAUAUCGAAUGGAAUCUUACCUCGCCUUCGUGUACACAAACGCCGCACUCAUCCCGCUUCGUUUACUUCUGCUACCCUGAAACGGCGAAUUUGACGCUUGAAGAGAUUUAUCUGCCGUAUAGUGAGCAUGGAACUUCUGCGCUCCAUGUGGCGGAGAUAUUUCAAAAGCAGAUUCGGGAGAAAGGGCAGAUUGGGCCGGAUACUGAGAGUACGAUUGACACGGAGGUUGUGCAUGAUGAUGGGAAGGAAUAA